GUCCUACUAAGCGGACGUAAACAACAAACUUUACCGUCGGGGAUGACGAAAAAAAUAUAUACAUAACUUUUCUGAAUACAUUUCAAUAUUCCACCAUAAGUAUGCUCUCUUUCUCAGUGCAACGUGCAAUCGUAAUUGAGCAGUACUUGGCAGUAAAAGGCAACAAUCAACACUUGAAGUGACUUUAAAAUUAUUGACGAUCAAAUUUUAUUAUUUUACCAUGUGAAGGACAAUAAUGGUGCCAAAAACAUAAUUUUACUAAAAUGCAUUGCAUACUGCGAUCUGCUUGUACAAAAAUUGCAAAAUUAUUUUUUGCAAUCAAGUUGAGGCACAUUUGCAUAGGAUGUAGUUUAAUUUUUAUUUUAGAUUUUUUUGGUCUUUUCACUCAUAUGUUUGAAGUGCCAUUUGAUGAAAAUUUCUCAUAUCCAUACAAAGGAGAUAUACAUGAAUUUGUAGCUGCUUUGCGUCACAAUGAAAAACCAUCAGUUUCACCAAUAAACAUUUACAAUUACACAUUUAUUCGUGAUAUCCGUAAUAAAUGUUUAGAACCAAGAUUUCAAACAUUACGUAUAGUCCUGUUGGUAAAAUCUGCAGUUGAAAACUUUGCCAACAGAAUAGCUAUUCGUCAUUCAUGGGGAUUUGAAAAAAGAUUCUCCGAUGUGCCACUGAAAACAAUAUUUCUACUGGGUGUACACUCUAAUGACGAUCAAGUAAAAGCAAAGAUUGACGCGGAAUCAAUUAAAUAUCAAGACAUUGUUCAAGCUGAUUUUCAAGAUUCGUAUUAUAACAAUACCAUAAAAACUAUGAUGGGUUUUCAUUGGGCUUUCAAGUUUUGUCUCAACUCAAAAUAUUACGUGUUUGUUGACGAUGACAUGUACAUUUCUGUGAAAAAUAUCUUGAAAUUUUUGAAAAAUCCAACUUUAUAUCCCGAUUAUUUAAAAGACGGUGUUAAUUUUAAUGAAAGACCAAUUGAACCGUUCAGAAAAAAGAGAUCUAUGAUUGGACUAAACGCUGAAAUUACUGGCAACAAAAGUAACGGAUGGUUGUACAAGUCACGUUAUGGCAAUAAAACACUCGAUUCAAAUAGUACAGUUAAAUUUGUCGAAAUAACAAGGCCAAGGAUAAAAAUGUCAUCUCGAAAGAGGCGACAAUUAUUUGACUUUGAAUUGCCAGAAGACGUUAGAUUAUUUGCUGGAUUUACAUUUAGAUCCGCGCCUCACAGGCACAAAAGUUCAAAGUGGUAUGUUUCAUUAAAAGAAUACCCAUAUCAUUUAUGGCCACCAUAUGUAACAGCUGGAUCGUAUGUAUUAUCAAAGGAGGCUCUUUUGGACAUGUAUUUUGCUAGCAUGUAUACUAAAUAUUUUAGAUUCGAUGACAUCUUUUUGGCUCUCGUUGCAAAAAAAGCCGGAAUAGAACCGUUUCAUUGCGAAGAAUUUCAUUUCUACAAGAAAGAUUACACAAAGUAUAACUAUAAAUAUGUAAUCAGUUCGCACGGCUACGGCGACCCAGAUGAAUUAUUGAAAGUUUGGAACGAACAAAAAGCAUUGGGCAAUGCUUGAUUUUAUUUUUUAUUUCGACACUUUUUUCCCAGUUGCUACUGGUUGUUGGGUACGGUAUUUGUGACGAUCGCUCGAGGCAGUUUAGUACAUUUUCGGCGCUUAAAAACCUAUCAUCGAAACAAGUGUAAUUUCUUUUACUACCUCUGAAAUUAUUUUCUUGUACACUUGUACAUGAAAGAAAAAAAAACGUAAUUGUGUAGAGUUGUAUAAUAAAGUUUGAGAAUUCUCUAAUAUUAAAGAAAAAAAUAAAUGAACAAAAGUUUAUUUAAUCAAGAGUUGUAGAUUUUUUUGUUUCAUUUUAUCACACAUGUAUAAAAAAAUUUUUCUAAAUAUACAAAGAGCAAAAAGGUACA